UUUUACCUUUGCCAGAACGACAGUAGGAUUUCGUCGCGAUGACUUCGACUAUUGCAUCGCUUUUCUUGUUAUUACUAUCUCAAAACGUUCGCGGAUGGCACAUUGCGUUUCCAAACAUCAGCGAAACCUUUAAUAAUGAACUUUACGAGACUACGCCUCAAUCGGUUCUUAUAUUUCCAGGAACAAAAUGGUGCGGCAGCGGUAAUGUAGCGGACGGUCCGGAUGAUCUGGGAGUAUUCGCAAUGACCGAUGCGUGUUGUCGCGAACACGAUAAUUGCAAAGAUAUAAUCGAACCGAUGCAGACUAAGUACGGCCUGACCAAUUCUGCUUUUUAUACGAGGCUACACUGCUCGUGCGACGAGAGGUUCUACGACUGUCUCCACAGCUCCGAGGAACUCGUUAGCGCGAAGGUCGGCUUCCUCUACUUCAGCGUGUUAGACACGAAGUGCUUCCGCGAAGACUACCCCAUCGUUGGCUGCAAACGGCAUUCACUUAUUCCUAGACGCUGUUUGGAGUACGAGCUGGACGAGAGCCAACCAAAGAUGUAUCAGUGGUUCGACGUACCCACGUAUUUUCAAAACGACCACCGGAUGGUGAUGGCCGGCCGUCAUAUUCGAUCACUCGAUCCCGGCACGAGCGUUCGAGGAUUCCGAUGGAAGUCUAUUACGCGGGACCACCGACCACUGGAGGAAACGUCAUACGCAUAUAGGGCCUUGUAAACUCGACCAUGCUUCUGUCAACGCAGUUAAAUAAGCACCAAUAAAACCGCUCUUACGACCGCUUUA